UUGGCCUACCCAUGCCCACACGGCCCGUCCUUGAUGCUCAGAGAAGCAUGCUCUAUCACCGAGCACGAGGUUGUUGCUGGUGCGGCGGCGACGUAGUCGGCCUCCCCUUUACAUGCCAGGAAUGCCCAAGCUUGAUCUGCUGUUCGCGAUGUCUUCGGCAUGCCCGUGGAGCUCAUGGGCCAACGCACUGCUUCAAGUCCACCAGCGGGCGGAUCUACUCAGCGUCCGGAGGCUAUCUGGAUAAUACUGACCUGGAUCUGCACAAUUCUAUCCCGGUUGAGGAGCUGAAUGAGUUUUACGACGUUGGGUUCUACGGGUACUUGGUAGACACUGUCCGGGCGACCUCGAACUUGAGCGGCGCCAUUUCCCACCUGCGGGACGGCUACAACAAGCUCAGUCUCCCCGCGCUGGCAUGGAUCUAUCUGGAUGGCAUGGAAUCGUACCUCACGAAGCAGGAUUCUCAACGGAUACUGAGUCGCAGCUUCUUCCGGACCCUCAUCGGGAACAGGAUGAUUUUCGACGACGAGGUCUUGCACCCUAGCGAGGAGUGGAUGGACCGGGCAAUAGAGUUCCUGCACGCAAACUUUGCCGUGCCCGGGGAGGACAUGUUCCAGAAGCGCGACCUGAGCGGCGCGCCGCCCGGCUUGCUGGCCUGUCUGGAGGUGCUGUUCACCGCGAGGGCGUUUGGCACGACAAAGGAGAGAUGCGCCAUGGGCUUCUUCCCCUGGAACACGGAAGAGGGCGACACGAUUGCCAUAUUGAUGGGGUGCUCGGUGCCGGUCGUCCUCCGCAAGACGGGCAUAGGUGAUGAUGAAGAAACCCUGUUCACGAUCAUUGGAGAAUGCUAUGUUGAUGGCAUCAUGGAAGGCGAAUACAUGUAUGAAGUCGCUGAGAAGGGGCUCGAGACGAGGAGGAUCCUUGUGCGAUGAUAUCUUGUUUCUUGUUGAGCACGCUGUGAAAGCAUGGGCAUAAUCGGUAGGGGUGGUUGCGGUGCGUACACGACGUAUGCUGUGCCUGAAAUUGCAUCUCUUCUAGCAGUACACAUCUACAAGUAGUUCGGACUACAUACCACAAAUUCACACUUUCACUGGAG